AUGCCCGCCGCGGUGAAGCAGGAGAGGCCAGCGCCGGCGUGCUUGAAAGCAGCGGCGUCCGCAGCUACCGAAUCCAGGACUUUUGACAAGAAAACCUUGAAUCAAUUCGACCACAAAUUGAAGCUCGCUCCACAACACGUGAAGCAGUUCGCCGAGACUGUCAAGUUAAAGAAAGCACCCCAAGACCCCAAGAAGUUCGAGUUCAUCAAGGAGGUGCUCGAGGCCGACAACUACAACACCGAAUACUUCAACCGCAUGCGGAAGGUCGGGCACAUCGACAAAGAGCAGAGGGUCAAUGCCUGGGUUUCGUGGAAGAAGCUGUGCGACGAGAAAGGCGCAGCUGUCGCUGCGCUUAUGGUGAAGCAGAAAAAGGUGGACACCCGCCCGCACUCAGAGCUCGACCGCUCCGACAAGGAAACGAAGGCCCCGCCGAAAGAGGAACAGCGGGAGUACCGCCUGAAGACCGACCGGCAGCUCGAGGAGACCUACGACGAGCACAAGAUCACCUGGAACUCGGAGGCCCGCAACAUGUGCCAGAGCAAUUUGCUCGACUUCAAAGCCAAAGCUGCGAAGUACGACCAGAAGAGAUCCCCGAGACACGGGGUGGGCGC